AUGCCGUCAAACAAACUUGCGAUCUGGCUUUGGGGCUCAAAUGCCCAAGACCGUGCUCUGCUAUCCAAACUCGAUAUAACACUGCUCCCUUACUUUUCACUGAUAUGGUUUCUAUUCGGCGUCACCCGAUCCAGUUACUCAUCAGCAUAUAUCAGUGGUAUGAAGGAAGCAUUAGGAUUCGAAGGUAAAGAUUACAACUAUAUGAACACGGCAUACCUGGUUGUUUACGCUGUCUGUCAAAUGCCCGGAACCAGUCUUCUGACAAUUCUCCGACCGAAAUAUGUCUUCGUUACUGCCAAUGUAACUUGGAGUCUGUUGACUUUAAUCACAUUCAAGAUGACACAUGCCUGGCAGGUUAUUCUGUUGAAUGCUAUUGAAGGUGGAUUUUCUGCUAUCGCUUACGUUGGCGCACAGUUCAUUCUUGGCUCAUGGUAUAGGAAAUCCGAGCUAGGCGUGCGAGCUGCUGUGUUUUGUGUCUUUGGUCAGCUUGGGACUAUGUCUGGCGGUUGGAUUCAGGCUGGACUACUUAAGACUCUUGCGGACAAGAAUGGUCUACCGGCAUGGAAAUGGAUCUUUAUCAUUGUGUCAGUCAUGACACUUCCAGUGGCUAUAUUCGGUUGGGUUUUUAUCCCAGAUCUCCCUGAGCACCGGGCUGCUUGGUAUCUCACCGACGAACAGAAAGAGCACGCAGCUACCAGACUGGGCACUCCCCGUAAGGUGUCAUGGGAUCUAACCGUGUUCAAGCGAGUUUUGCUGAGCUGGCAGUUCUACCUCUUGCCAACAAUGUUCAUGUUAUACUCGCUAUGCGUGCAGAUGCUACAGAAUAAUGUUAUGGCAUACUGGCUGGCCUCGAGAGGGUACACAACAGUUCAACAAAACAACUACCCCACAGGCAUCUACGCCACAGCAAUCCUGGGAACUGUGGUAUAUGCUGUCAUUUCCGACAAGCUCCAAUCCCGCUGGGAAGUGUCUGUCGUGAUUGGCUUGAGCUUUAUCAUAGGCUCGGCUGUCUUGGUCUCCAGUCCUUCCACGGAUGCUGGCUACUUUUUCGCAUUCUACUUCUUGGGGACUACUUUCGCGCCUCAGGCUGUGUGGUACUCAUGGAUGGCCGAUGUGACGAAUCAUGACUUUCAACUACGUGCCAUUACGACAGGAUUCAUGAACUCAUUUGACUUUGUUUUCGUAUCCUGGUGGCCUCUAAUAUUCUAUCCUGCAACUGAUGCGCCUCAUUACAGAAAGGGAUACAUCGCGAGUCUAAUCACUGGAGCUUUGACGCUGCCUUUGAUUGGCAUCGUGGCUUAUCUAGAAAAGAGAGAUACGGCCCGUGGGAUUCUUGGAAGGUCUCCGAUAAAUGACCUUUCCAACAACAGGGAAUCAUAUGACCCUCACGAUGAGCCAGCUGAGAUCGAUGACGAUGAGCAUGCGCCGAUCAACGUGCAGCCGAAGACCAGCGUCUAA